AUGUGUCGCUGGAUCUUUUACUACGGGGAGGAGGUUUGCCUCGGCAAGCUCCUCUACGGCGCGACCCACGGACUGGCGAACAUGUCUGAAGGGGCCGGGUACACCCCGGGCUGCGAGCGCAACCACAGGCGUAACCAUCCGGUCAACGUGCACGGGUGCGGGGUGGGUUGGUACGCCUGCGAUCGCUGCGGGCUGGUAGAUGGUAACGGUCUGGACGCGUACUGCCGCCCGUCGGUGUACACCACCGUCGCCGCGCCGUCUCACGACCGCAACCUCCGCUCGCUCUCCAAGAACAUCAGCUCUUCGCUCCUGUUCGGGCACGUCCGCGCGGCGGGUCCCGGCGCGAGCGUCCACCAGUACAACUGCCACCCGUUCUACUACGGAAGGUACAUGUUCAUGCACAACGGAGACAUCACAGACUUCAAGAAGAUCAGGCGCGGGCUUCUCGCGCUCCUCAGGGACGACCUGUUUGAGCACAUGAGCGGGACCACGGACUCGGAACUUCUCUUCCACCUCAUCCUGAACGAGUUCCCCGACCAUCACACGCUGUUGGACCCGGCGAGGAUCCAGGAGGCGGUGCUCUCGGCGAUGGCGCACGUCAUCAGGGCCAACAACGGCGCACCAUCCUCGAUCAACAUCGCCAUCACCGACGGAGAGACGGUAAUCGCCACGCGGUACCGGAACAGCGACCACGAGGAGCCGCCCAGUUUGUACUUUCAUCUCGGGCCCAUGCCCGGAGAGAGGACGUGGGACCUCGACGCCCUCGGCGGGUUCGACGCGAUGGAGAGUAACCCGAGGCUGGCGGAUAACGUCGCGGAGCCGCACGUGCCCGGGGGGAAGGUCAUCGGCGGGAAGGAUAAGUUCAUCGCCACGCAGGCGCUGCUGGUGUCGUCGGAGCCGCUCAGCGGGAGGCAGGGCCUCGACAGGUGGGAGCUGCUGCCGGCCAACUGCAUGAUCACCGCCGCGCCCACCAGGCCGACGGUUGGGAGGUGCACGCGCGCCGCCCUCGUCGCUAAGCUCCGCGAACAGGCGGCCGGGGGUGCGAACCGCCACAACCUGGCGCCGGCGUCGGCGCCCGUGCUCGAGGUUGAGAUUCGUUGCAUGCGGGACCUGUGCCGGCAAGCGCUGGGAGACAAAUGCGCGCAGGGGAGCGGGCCCGUCGCGGACGUGCCAACGCCCGUCGCUCCCACGAAUGCGGUCGGUCGAUCAUCCUCCGCGCGGGGGUACUCGCUGGACGGGGGCGGCGGCUUGCCGAUCAGCCCGAUUCCACCGCACGUGAAACUCUCCCACGGGUAUCCCCCCCACAGGUCCAACUCCGUCGAGUCCAACAUGACCCACGCGGACGCGAUCGCGAUGGAGGAACGCGGCGCCGUCCACCACGAACGCACGAGCAGCGGCGGCGCCCUGGACUCCUCCGUGACGCACUCGGGGAACCCCAUCGUCGGGUUCCAGCCCGUCGCGCCGGUUGGGUCGUCGAGGCCCGCGGGGGCUCUGGGCACGACUGCGGAGAGCCAGGCGGUGAGCGGCCUCGCCGGGCUACGCGUGACGGACGGGGGCGGGUCGUCGGGGGGCGCGUUAGAGACCAUAGACCAGUCGCCGCAGACCGCGGGGAGCGGGGACGGGUUCGACGAGGCGUGGAGGGCGGAGGCGAGGCGGGAGGCUGAGAUGUUCAUAGGGUCAGACUCCUCGUCGUCAGAGCCCAUCGCCAUCAACGGCGGCGGCGGGGGAAUGAGCAGGACCAAGAGCAUCGGGUCGCGCCUGGCGUCGACGAGUCUGGUGGAACGAACCGGGAACUGGAGGAGCUACAACCCCGUGGUGGGCGCGCAGUGA